AUCUCUCUCCCCUUUUACCGCCAUCGGAGCGGAGUGUCUUUCUUCCCCGGGACCUCUUCGCUGCGCAGAGCCGCUUCACCAGUCCAGCCCACGGCCAGAAAGCGAAGCAUCACUUGAGACUCAGCUAAGAUGGCAGACAUUGACAACAAAGACCAGGCUGAGAUGGACCCGGCAGAUAUGGAGGAUGUGGAGGAAGUGGAAGAGGAGGAGACGGGAGAAGAUGAAAACAGCAAAGCUCGUCAGCUGACUGUGCAGAUGAUGCAGAAUCCACAGAUCCUGGCCGCGUUGCAGGAGAGACUGGAUGGUCUAAACGGUUCACCAUCGGGGUACAUGGAGAGUUUACCAAAGGUCGUAAAGAGACGCGUAAAUGCCCUCAAGAACCUGCAGGUCAAAUGUGCCCACAUUGAGGCAAAGUUCUACGAAGAAGUACAUGAACUGGAGAGAAAGUACGCAGCUCUCUACCAGCCCCUCUUCGACAAAAGAAGUGACAUAGUGAAAGCAGCAUAUGAGCCUACAGAUGAAGAAUGUGAAUGGAAGGCAGAUGAGGAGGAAGAGCUGACAGUAAGUAAGCAGGAAGAGAUGAAGGAGAAGGCCAAGUUAGAGGAGGAGAAGAAAGACGAGGAGAAGGAGGACCCCAAAGGCAUCCCCGAGUUCUGGUUAACGGUUUUCAAAAACGUGGACUUGCUCAGUGACAUGCUGCAGGAACACGAUGAACCCAUCCUUAAACAUUUACAAGAUAUUAAAGUAAAAUUCUCAGAUCCAGGACAGCCCAUGAGCUUCACGUUAGAGUUCCACUUCGAGGCCAACGACUUCUUCACAAACACAGUGUUGACGAAAACCUACAAGAUGAGGUCAGAGCCCGAUGAGAGUGACCCCUUCUCCUUCGACGGACCAGAGAUCAUGGGCUGCACAGGUUGCACGAUCGACUGGACGAAGGGCAAGAACGUCACGUUGAAAACAAUCAAGAAGAAACAGAAGCACAAGGGCCGCGGCACAGUGAGGACGGUCACCAAAACAGUCCCCAACGACUCCUUCUUCAACUUCUUCACCCCACCAGAGGUUCCAGAAAAUGGAGAGUUGGAUGAAGACUCAGAGGCGGUCCUGGCUGCAGACUUUGAAAUCGGCCACUUCAUCCGCGAGCGUAUCGUACCUCGAGCUGUGCUCUACUUCACAGGAGAGGCCAUCGAGGACGACGACGACGACUAUGAUGAAGAGGGAGAGGAGGCGGACGAUGAGGAAGGUGAGGAGGAGGCUGAUGAGGAGAACGACCCCGACUAUGAUCCCAAGAAGGAUGCAGCCCCCCCAGCUGAGUGCAAGCAGCAGUGAAGCCUGGCCCGGCUGCCUUUGAGGAUCAACUGCACUGUAACGGCUUCUCAAAUAAAAAACAAAAAAAAUAAAUAAUAAAAGACUUAAAAAAAUAGUUACUUACCGCCUUAUAAUGUUUUGUAUUUUUCUUGGUAGAGAAUUUGAAGAAGAAAAAAAAAAGUUUCAAGAUUUUUGUUACAAAACCAUGGUAAUAUACUGGGAGCUGUGUGGCUCAAUAUACAUAGUAUUUUACUAGACCUGUUUUUUUCCCUCUUCCUCCUUCUCUGUACAAUAGAUAGAAUACAGGAAAAACUCUCCCUCAAAAAGCAUGAUCUUGUUUCUUCACUGCUAAAACUAGUUUGGGUUCUUGUGAAGUCUUUUGUUGUAUUUGCUCUUAGACAACAGCUGUGGUUUAGACUGCAUCGCGGCGACGUCAAUUUAUAAUCCCCACCCCCCUUUUCCCCUUCCUCUUCCUCCUACCAAAGUUCCAGGUUGGUCAGUUCUGGUUGUCCCAGGUGAAUCUUUUUUUUUUUACUCUUAGUGGGGCCUUUAGCACUUGUAAAAGCACUGUAGCAUUUCCAGCUCUAGUGAGGGAGGACCUGCAGCCCGGUGUCCACUCCAGUUUAUCUAAUCUUGCUGAGCAUGGGAUCCGGAGUUGGUGUUUUUGGCCACUUCCUGCGCCACUUGUGCUCAACUACUUUCCACUCUUGAUACAUUCCAGUAAGCAGACUGGCUGGCACCGCCGGAGAACCUCUCUCUAAAGGAGUCCACUUCUCUUUCGCUGGACGGACUCGUCUAAAUUGAAUAAAAAUGAAGUUUGUUUCGACCUCAUCGUCACUCAAUCGGUCACUCCCAGGCCUCGGUACAGCCUGGUCGAGUCUCUUUAACAUUCCAGAGGAUUCUUUAGAUGUGGAAGGGGAUGAGGCAGUUUGCAGGAUGGCCAGUUCGGGGCCCCCCCAGCCCCAAUUACCCAGUGCUUCAGGCUCCUCGUAGGCUCGCAGUGGCGUGGCUGUCGUCUUUUCUAUAGCACUUUGUGUUAGCGUGUGGUGUACCAGUGGCGUCCUGUCAUCGGUUAGCUGUCUGAGUAUCCCUUGUGAGCAGCACUUUGUUUGGCGCCCCCUGCCUCAACGGGCACGGAGGCCGGUGCUGCAGCCCUGCUCCGUGGAGGGUUCAACUUGUGCUAUCUGGUUACGAAGUGCGUUGCCUUUUCUUUUACUGGGGGAGGCACACUUGGCCUGUUCAGAGAGACUUUGAAGGAACAGGGUUGGGCAGAUGUAGCACAGUGAAUGACAUGGAGAGGCCAAACCUUGUUUUGAGGUGUCUUGUCGACAUGUCAGGUUCACCAAAACCCCCUUCCUCCUCAUCAGUCUGACAUUGACCUCUUGUGUCGUCAACUCGUUACUGGUCAGGUGACUCACAUGGACCUCAGCCCAGCCCCUGAGGUCUUGGUUCAUUUUUAUCACUGUGAAAGAAAGAGGGGAAGUGUGAUAAGGCCAUUGUGUUGGCUGAUGACCCACCACCCUCCCUACCCUAAACUCCUUCCUUUGUUACCCAGAAGGCCACAGAGAAGCAUGUCAGAGCAAUACUUAAAGCCAGGAGGGGGACCGAGAAGAAACCGUAGCCUGCCUCCCUCCCUGUCCGUUUUUAAUGCCUUUUUAGUUGUGAAAACAGCCAAGUGUUGGUUGUGUUGGACAGCAUCGUGUCCAAUGUGGAGAGCCAGGGUACUUCUCAUUCUGCAGGGAGUAUUCAGGUCAUGUUCAUUGGAAAAGGACGUGAAAGGGUUUCUGUAGGGUCCUUCUGAACAGCUGUUGUCGAGGCAAAAUGCUAUGCUACAAAAUACUAAUGUACUCAAUAACUGUACGUGUAUGUUCAUGAAUAAAUUGGUUA